UGCAGCGGUAGUGGGGGAUCCGCGGUACUUUCUACAACCUCCAGUCAGUCCGCAAUGGUUCGUCUGACUGUUGCUCUCGUCUGUGCGUUGUGUCCUCUGCUGGCCGUCCAUGGCGCGGACCCUGGCUGCUCGGUAGAUGAUAAAACGUUCCAGGUUGGGGAACAGUACGACGUUCCCGGUCACUGCUCCUACAAUGUCUGCAAAGGUGACAACGUGUGGACUCAGGCUGCAUGCGGUGCCAUUGGAAUUCCUAAUCGUUGGGGCCAUAUCCCAGAGGACCCAACCAAGCCAUUCCCCAAGUGUUGUGGACGUGCCGUUCCUCCACACAGUAUCGUCCCAGAUCUGCUGGACGAUCUUCAGUGGAGUGACAUCCUGGAAAUAUCCUACGAUAGUGGGGUCAAAGCGGAUCUUGGUAACGAGCUGACUCCGACCCAAGUGAAGAACCAACCGCAAGUCAACUACACAGCGAAACCAACAGAUUUGUACAUGUUGGCGAUGGUGGAUCCUGACGCUCCAAGUCGUACAGAUCCCAAAUUUAGAUCUUUCAAGCACUGGCUGGUGGGCAACAUCCAAGGCAGUGAUAUUUCUACUGGGGAAGUCUUGGCUGAAUAUGUCGGUUCUGGACCACCACAAGGGACUGGUCUUCACAGAUACGUCUUCUUGCUCUUCAAGCAGCCUGGGAAACUCGAAUUCGAUGAACCAAGAGUGCCGAAGACCUCUGCUGACAAUCGCCGUUCAUUCUCAAUCCAAGAUUUUGCGAAAAAAUAUAAGUUAGGUAGUCCCGUAGCUAUAAAUUUAUACCAAGCUCAGUAUGAUGACUAUGUGCCAGUUGUUCACGCGCAACUAGGAUUCAAAGCUGAUUGAUGUAUUGAAGUAUUAUUGAAUAUUGUGACAGUGGUGUUUCCCAUCAACACUAAUUUUUGUAUCGUUCUAUCAAUAAACAUGUUUUCGUUUUAUUGGUCUAGUGUGUUCUUAGUAAUGUUAUGUAAUAACUGGUAGUUACUUGGAUAGCAUCAAGGUGUACCAAUUAUUCUUCAAGGGUUUCCAAGAAAGAAACACAAGGUAAUUAGAA